AGGUACCACCAAGACUAAGAGAAUUACACUCUUAUUCCACUUAACAAAUUACACUUAGGGCAUUAGAAUCUUUAACGCAGAUAAAAGCAACGAUGAAUGGUAAGGAAUCUGUUACAUUCUUCUUCUUCCUCGCUCUUCUCAUCCUUCCCUUCGUGCUUCUCCCUGCCACAGCUGCUCCUGGAAGAGUAGGAGGCAUGGGGGUAUACUGUGGGAGUAGAUGUAGAGGAAGGUGUUCAAAGGCAGGGUUUCGAGACAGAUGUAUCAAGUAUUGUGGCAUUUGUUGCAGACAGUGUAAGUGUGUUCCUUCUGGCACCUUUGGCAACAAGCAUCAGUGCCCUUGCUAUCGAGACAUGCUUAGCUCCAAGGGCAAACCCAAGUGCCCUUAAUUAAGAACUUGUACGAAUAAUGCGAAUAAAAUGCGUUUUACAUGCAUGCGCUUGUCUUAAAGUUGGUUAGGUCUAUGAGUGCUUCUUAUAGUUUCCUUUCUCAUAUAUAUUAAGCUUUAAAGUCUCUCUA